AUGGGGCUUGUAUUCUGCGACAUGUGCAUUGGGGAACGGUUUUCAGUGCCGGCGGUGGGGGGUGAAAAUCCUCGAUGUAAUAAAUGGCGGAAUGCAAAUGAGGUGCCCCAGCGCCCCCCAUGCCCAGCGCCCCCCAUGCCCAGCGCCCCCCAUGCCCCAGCGCCCCCCAUGCCCAGCGCCCCCCAUGCCCAGCGCCCCCCAUGCCCAGCGCCCCCCAUGCCCAUGCCCUCCAUGCCCCAGCGCCCCCAUGCCCAGCGCCCCCCAUGCCCAGCGCCCCCCAUGCCCAGCGCCCUCCAUGCCCAGCGCCCCCCAUGCCCAGUGCCCUCCAUGCCCCAGUGCCCCCCAUGCACAGUGCCCUCCAUGCCCCAAUACCCCCCCAUACCCCCCCCCACAUUACGCCUCAUUUUUGGUCCAGUUACUCCUCUGUUAUCCCCUUGUUAG